UAUUUGUAGUUCUAGCGACUCUGAUGCGAUACGGAAGAAGCGAUGCGAUGGACAACCCAACCCUGCAAAAGGUUGCAGUGGUGACAGGGGCCAACAAAGGAAUCGGGCUCGAAAUAUGUAGGCAGCUCUCCGCCAGAGGAGUCACGGUGGUGCUAACAUCCAGAGACGAGGAGAGGGGUCUCGCGGCCGUCCGCAAGCUCGAGGCCUCCGGCUCUGCCGAUGUGGUAUUCCAUCAACUGGAUGUCAAUAAAUCCGCUAGUAUCGCUUCUUUGGGGGAUUUCAUCCAUACCCGAUUUGGAAAGCUAGAUAUACUGGUGAAUAAUGCAGCUAUUGGGGGAAUAGCAUCGAAUACUCAGCUACUGGAUUCCUCCAAGCAAGCGAUGCAGCCAGUUAGCUCAUCAGGCCUGGCAAAUGCAAUUGUAGAGACUUAUGAAUUAGCCGAAGAUUGCAUCAACACAAACUAUUAUGGUCCAAAAAGAGUGACAGAGGCAUUUAUCCCUCUGCUUCAGUCAUCCCAAUCACCAAGGAUAGUGAAUGUAUCCUCACUCUAUGGGAAACUGCAGUACAUCCGCAGCGAAAGAAUCAAAGAAGAGCUAAGGAAUGUGGAUACUCUUUCAGAAGAUAGAUUGGAUCAACUGGUGCAGGCCUUCAUGAAUGAUUUCAAGGAAGGGAAGUUGGACCAAAAUGUCUGGCCAACGAGAAACAUGGUGGCAUACAAAGUCGCUAAAGUUGCUUUGAGUGCUUACACAAGAAUCCUCGCAAAGAGGUACCCAAAAUUCUGCAUCAAUUGUGUCAAUCCUGGUUUUGUUAAGACAGAUCUAAACUGGAACCUUGGAGUUCUGCCUGUUGAAGAAGGAGCUGAGGGACCUGUGCUUCUAGCCAUGCUCCCUGAUGGAAGCCCCUCAGGGCUUUUUUAUGAUCUGAAAGAAGUUUCCUCCUUUGAAUGAAAUGAUUAACUCAAAUGUUGCAACACUUAAAACUCUUGUUUUCUCUGCAAGAGCAAAUGUUGAUGGAAAUUUUCCAUAAGGCCAAACUGGUCAUAAUAGUUGAAUAUUUGGAUUAUCAUAAAAAAAAUGUACCUUAAUUAUUUAGUUAUUAUAUAUGGUGGCAUAAAGGUGAAUACGCUCAUCCUCAGCGUCCCCGUCAAUUCGUCCCAGAGCCAACACGGAGGAGGUAAAUCACGGACGACUACUAGCCUUUAAAAUAAUAACUAGCAUAUAAGGGAGACAUUUACCUCGGCUUUGCCGAGAUUCGAACACCAGACUCAUGGUGACAAUACCUCAUGUGCUAGCCACUAGACCCAUCCGAGGGGACAAUUUAGUUAUUAUAUAUGUUCCUACAUGAGAUCUCUGAUAAACGAGCCAUCAGACAGUUUGUUUGUCUUCUAAGUUGAUGAAGUCACUGAAUGCUGAGGAGGGUUGAUCGUCUUGAAAGCUCGCAAAGUUGGAAAGAGAGAAAGAGAGUAUUUGAAUGGAGGUUAGGGGAUGUCUUCGCUCAGUCACUCUGAUGUUUAAGUAAAAUCUCCUAUAGGGGAGAUGGAAAAAAAGAACAAUAAAUAAGAAGAUGCGGGAAUUUUUGAGUGUGUGCGCGGACCUCCAUUGUAGGUGCACUCAUUUUAUAUCACAACUGUCUAGUACCUCUUUGGUAUUAAUUGAUGAUGGGAUGUCAGUCGUACUCCAUCUUUUUAGAAAAGAAGACCAUCCUUUGUGAGUUAUCAUACACAGGUGCACCAUCUUGUUUCACAAACUUUGACAUACGUGAGGUAUGGGAUCAGAGGAUUUGAUCAUAUUAGGUUAUAGGAUGUCAGGCUUACAUAAUUGAGCUAGAUAGACUUGAGCAUCGGGUCAGUAAGAGUUGAGUUGAACAACACAGCAUCUCGUGUCAGUGGAGCUGAUCCAAGCAAGAUCGUUGAAUCCUAAUUAUGCAGAAGGACACUGUUAGAUCGGUAGGACUGAAUGGAGAUGUGCAGAGUGUCGGAUCGAGUCGAUAGAGACGAGCCGAAUGGCACUGACCUGUCGGAUAGGUAGAGCUAAGCUGAACAGGAUAAUGUGUCGAGUUGGGUCAAUAAAGAUGAGAUCGCGGUCUUAUAAGUCAACGAAGAACAAGUGUCAUGGAGAAGAUUGUAAAUGCUGUACAAGGGGAUUUACAUAAGCCAAAUCUCUGGGGUGGAGAUAGACUGAACCAGAGGAAUCAGGUCAGCCGAGUCCAAGAUGUUGGAGUAGAUUGGACUAGAGGAGUCGAGCAAGUUGAAUCGAAGAUGUUGGAUAGAUCCAACCGGAGGAAUCCAGUAAGCCGAGUCAACAUCGACUUGCUUGACCUUUGAUCAGGUAGCGAAAUCGAACGACUAUGUGUCUAUGUGUAGGCCACAUGCUAUCACCCCAUCAAUAUAUUUUAUAUUGGCAGAUUAAUUUACAAGUAUUAUUAUUUCACUUUCUGAUAGAAUUUUCCUUAUCUUUUCGAUUGGUUGUUUUAGAUAUUGCAGAUUCAAUCUCCGCCACUCGUUUCGGUGCCAAAACUGCAUCCAUUCAUUUUGUCCGUGCGUUUCCUUCCGCCAGUCUUAUCACCCUGCGUCCUCCCCAGAUUCCUCCGCCUCCAGCCCUCGACCGUGCACUCGAACCUCAUCCCAUGGCCGCUACAGUCCUCGAGUCGCUGGUCGUCCCCUCCCAUCGUCCUCACACCACCGCGCCGAGGGCUGCCGCCGCGCUCUUCCCACUCGCCGGCGGCCGUGGGUUGGGCCUCAUCCCCAGGUUCCGCGGACUUAGAUGCGCGUCGCUUCCCCUGAGGGCCGCCGCCGCGUCCAGAUCGAGGAUGGUCGGGAGGAGGGCGGCCGGCGCAUUCGUCUGUGAGGCGCAGGAGACCGCCGUCCAGCUUGCAGAUGUAUCUAAAGAUACAUGGCAGACACUCGUUCUGGGUUCAGACGUCCCAGUUCUGGUUGACUUUUGGGCUCCUUGGUGCGGACCAUGCCGAAUGAUUGAGCCAACGGUUGCCAAAUUAGCAAAAGUUUAUGAAGGCAAGCUGAAAUGCUAUAAGCUCAACACUGAUGAAAACUCUGAAAUAGCUAAUCAAUACGGGAUUCGCAGCAUCCCAACCGUAAUGAUCUUCAAAAGUGGAGAGAAGAAGGAUACUGUGAUUGGAGCUGUGCCGGAAUCUACUCUGGCCACAUCCAUCGAAAAGUUCAUCUAGAGAUGACUACAAGGAUUGAAAUUGGUUCAAGGAGUCUUUUUCUUAGUUUCAUUAAUAUUUUUGCAUUCAGCUCUCUGUGCUGUAUAUAUUAUGCUUUUACCCUUCAACCAAGUUAUAUUGCUCACUGCUGUAAGAAGCAUUUGCUGAAAUCUAAAUUUCUGCUUAGCAA